AUGACGUUGCAAUCGAACGGCACCCUGGAUGUCAUUAACUCGCAAACAAUGCAGGGUGGUAAACCUGCUUAUGCUGCACUCAGCUUCAAGGAAGACUUCAUUUCGGUGGCCAAUUACGCCGGCAGCAUCUCCUUAUUCCCGCUUGAACUAGAUGGCUCUGUCGGAGCUCUAGAACUAAAGUCCUACAUGUCUGGAGCUAAAGAGUACGGAGUUAAAUAUUGCGUCAAACGGCGAUGGCCCUUCAGUGUGACAGAUAUAUUGUUAUUCCGCAAUUACGAUUAUGAAGCCUGUGCAUAUUAUGAGUACUAA